UGGGGGUGCUCGCCCCGCGGGUCCCUUUCAUUCCUGGGAAAACGCGCCGCGGGGCCUCCCCUCUGUCUGUCCUGCACACACGUGUUGCCAAAUCCCCCCGCGGCGUCUUUAGAUCUGGACUGGCCGCCCCACCUUCUCCCUCCAUUGAUCUGUAUUUUACUUUUUCUUUUCCUACCUUGUUUCCAUUGACAAAGUAGACCCUUUCCUUCAACACUAACCGUCUCCUGACACCGAGGAGAAGCCAACAGCUUAGGGCCUUUCCAGCGCGUUUUUACCCUUGCCUUGCUCCAACCUCGCCUAAUUUUGCCCACUUUACCUGUUCCUUGUUUGAUUUCUAUCCAAAUGCAAUUUCUUCCUUCAACCAACAUUUAAGGACCACCCUUAAGAGCUACAUUGCCUGAGUUUGAACCCUAGCUCUGCCACUUAACCACCCGCAUAAACCGGGCAAAGUAACUUUGUGCUUCAAAUUCUUCCUCGUGUAAAAUGAUGGUAAAGGUACUAAAUCUGUGUAAGUUAAUAGAAUACCUACAACAGUGUUUAGCAAGUAAUAGCGAUUUAUUGUUGAAUGUCAGCCACUCUUCUAAAUCUAGGAUGCAGAGACCUUGCUCCUCUGGUGUUUAUAUGUUAUCCAUCCUUUUUUAUCCAUUUUUUUUUUUUUUCAGAUACUCGUUUGUAGUUUCAUAAACAUUGAUGUUGGGUCAAUCAUGUUCUCAAUGUAUUUAACCACGUCUUUUUAAAUUUUUUCAUUUAGUUAUCAAAUUGAGAAUCUGAUGGCAUGGCAUUAAUCACCUUGAGGAAGAACCUUUAUUGUUUAUCUGAUUUUUGGAUGCAUAGAGCUCUGGCUGCUUUAAAAAAUCAACCUCUAAAUCAUGUUCACAAAGUAGUCAAGGAGCGUCUGUGCCCUUGGUUCUGUUCACGACAACCUGAGCCUUUCAGGGUCAGAUUCCAUCACGCCCAUUGUAAAAAGUUUCAUUCGAAAAAUGGAAAUGACCUUCAUCCACUCAGUGGGCCAGUGUUCUCUCAAGUAUCUGACUGGGACAGGCUUGAACAAAAUGUUAAAAAUAAGGAGAGUCAGACGUUUUACAAGAGACUGAGCAACUUGACUUCAUCAGAAGAAGUGCUAAGUUUUAUAAGCACGAUGGAAACCCUGCCUGACACUAUGGCAGCAGGAGCUUUACAACGGAUUUGUGAAGUGGAAAAAAAGGAUGGUGAUCAAGGGCUGCCAAAAGAACUACUGGAGAAUAGCAUCUUUCAAGCUUUAUGCUUUCAGUUUGAAAAGGAGCCCUCACAGCUGUCAAACAGUAGUUUGGUGACUGCUUUGCAAGCUCUGAUUCUGUUGCAUGUGGAUCCUCAAAGUAGCCUGUUACUGAACCUGGUGGCAGAAUGCCAAAAUCGUCUCAAAAAAGGUGGCAUGGAAGUUCGCAAUCUUUGUAUUCUUGGGGAAAGUCUGAUUAGACUGCACAGUUCAGGUUGUGUGACACUAGAACUCAUUAUAAAUCAACUGCAAGGUGAAAAAUUGGAAACAUUUACCCCAGAGGAUAUCGUGGCCCUUUAUAGAAUCUUGCAGGCAUGUACUGAAAAAGUGGAUGAACACCAAACAUUUUUAAAUAAGAUAAAUAACUUUUCCCUUUCAAUAGUUUCCAACCUGAGUCCUAAAUUGAUUAGCCAAAUGUUAACGGCCCUGGUGGUUCUUGAUCAAAGUCAAGCAUUUCCUCUGAUUAUAAAAUUGGGCAAAUAUGUAGUGAGGCAUGUCCCACAUUUCACUAACGAGGAGCUUAGGAGAGUCCUGGAGGCGUUCAUAUAUUUUGGGCACCAUGACACAUUUUUCACAAAAGCCCUAGAGCAUCAUGUAGCUGCGGUGUGCCUCACGUUGGAUCCUGAAGUUGUCUGCAGAGUCAUGGAGUACUGCAGUAGAAAACUGAUUCUUUCAAAACCCAUCCUCAAUGCAGUGGCAGAAACUUUUGUUUGCCAAACAGAAAAAUUUUCACCUAGUCAGAUUUCUGCAUUAAUGGAACCAUUUGGGAAACUCAAUUAUUUGCCACCAAAUUCCUCUGCUUUAUUUAGAAAGCUGGAAAACGUGCUAUUCACUCAUUUCAAUUAUUUUCCACCCGAAACAUUAUUGAAACUUCUUCAUUCAUGUUCACUUAAUGAAUGCCAUCCAGUCAACUUUAUGGCAAAAAUAUUCAAGCCUUCUUUCCUUCAACGGCUGCAAGGUAAAGAAUCUCAUUUGGACAAAUUGAGUCGGGCACAACUGACCCAACUUUUCUUAGCCUCAGUCCUGGAAUGCCCUUUCUAUAAGGGUCCAAAACUCCUUCCUAAAUAUCAAGUAAAGUCAUUUCUUACCCCAUGCUGUUCCCUGGAGACCCCUGUGGAUUCUCAGCUUUAUAGAUAUGUGAAGAUUGGGCUGAUUGACCUUUUAGGAGAAAGAUUGUAUUUUGCUCCAAAAGUGUUGACACCCUAUUGUUAUACAAUAGAUGUUGAAAUUAAAUUAGAUGAAGAAGGAUUUGUAUUGCCAUCCACAGUUGAUGAAGAUAUCCAUAAAAGGAUAGCGCUGUGUAUUGAUGGUCCAGAAAGGUUUUGCUCCAAUAGCAAACACUUACUGGGAAAAGAAGCUAUUAAACAAAGACACCUACAGUUACUUGGUUAUCAAGUUGUUCAGAUCCCCUAUCAUGAGAUUGGGAUGCUAAAAUCAAGAUGUGAAUUGGUGGAAUAUUUACAAAGAAAACUGUUUUCUCAAAACACUGUUCAUUGGUGACAAGAAUGAAUACUGGCUUCAGAACUCAAACAAUGAAAAAACUUGCAUUUUUACGGAAUUCAGUAUUAAAAGAAAAAUAUGUGAAUUAGCCACUUUGCAGAAUAUGUUCUAGACUGGUGAUCUGAAAGCAUCUAUAGUUUUCUUUAUACUAUGUAUACAUUUAUUGUGGUAAAAUUUAAAAUUAAUUUUAAUACUAGUGUCAUAGAUACUUUUUAUACAUCAAACAAUUGAUCAUGUGCAGUAAAGGAAUUCAAUGAAUAAAUGUGAUUUUAAAGUA